GCACACAGGAAAAUAACCGAGCAUGGCGUCGGGUCAUCUUUGCAAACUACACAGUCUCUUAACGCGAAUUCCUCACGGCUUCCAACUACGACAUGCACAAACAUGUUUGGUGCCACUUCGACAGAAGUCCAACAUCAGUGGUCCUUCACUUGAUGGCCAUAACUGUAAUGUGGACAUCGGUGCGACUACAGAUGGGAAAACCAUAGUGUGCUACCAUCCCAGUGUCGACAUUCCCUAUGAGCUCACCCAGCCUUUAGAACGUCCGGACCCUGUGACCACCCCGGUUGAGACCCAUGACCAGGUUAUAAAGGCCCAUCUCAGCAAGGAGGUUCUGAAGGGCAAACAGGGGCCCACUAUAGAGGAGCUGAGCAAGAUGUUUUUCACCACCAAACACCGCUGGUAUCCAGUAGGACAGUACCACAUGAGACGCAGAAAGAAGGAUCCACCAAAGGACAGAUAGUUCAAAGUUCAAUGUUAGAAAACUGCAAAUUGCCACAAUUCUGUAUAAUAAACUGUUAAAUAUUUA